GAGGAGGACGUGUGCACAUCCUUCUUGCACCACGAGAGGCGCCGGUGUCUCUAGUGGUGGCGCCUGCUUCUACGGAGACUGCGGCUUCUGUCUGAUUGUUUUUCCUCUCCUCCUCCAUCCCUUCCACAUCCCACAGCUUAGUGUAGUAAACGUUCCAUCGGAGGACUGUGGAGACCAACUAGGUUGAAAUGGAGAACCAAGAAUCAACAGAUUCUUCUCAGAACACCAAACAGCACAUUAUUUCAGAGGAGUUGAUUUCAGAAGGAAAAUGGAUCAAAUUUGAAAAAACAACUUACAUGGAUCCUACUGGUAAAACUAGAACUUGGGAAACAGUGAAACUUACAACCAGGAAGGGACAAUCUGCUGACGUUGUAUCAAUCAUCCCAGUGCUGCAAAGAACUCUUCAUUAUGAAUGUAUUGUUCUGGUGAAGCAGUUCCGACCCCCAAUGGGUGGCUACUGCCUGGAGUUUCCAGCAGGGCUCAUCGAUGAUGGGGAAAGCCCAGAAGCAGCUGCACUUCGGGAGCUGGAGGAAGAAACUGGCUACAAAGGCGAUGUUGCUGAAUGUUCUCCAGCUGUGUGUAUGGAUCCAGGCUUGUCAAACUGUACCACACACGUUGUGACAGUAACCAUCAAUGGAGAUGAUGCAGAAAACGUAAGGCCUAAACCCAAACCAGGGGAUGGAGAAUUUGUGGAAGUGAUCUCUUUACCAAAGAAUGACCUACUGACUAGACUUGAUGCUUUGGUAGCAGAAGAACAUCUUACAGUGGAUGCCAGGGUCUACGCCUAUGCUCUGGCACUGAAACAUGCGAACUGGAAGCCAUUCGAAGUUCCCUUCCUCAAAUUUUAAGGCCAAGGAGGACACUGGCCAUGUUUUGUAAAUGAGACCAUAAGGCCUUCACUAUUCAUUGUAUUCAAUUAACUUUAAUGAAGAUUGGAAAUCAGUUUUUUCAUAAAAUAAAAGUACAGACUGAAUUGGGUAUGGAAUUAUAAUUACAGAGAGGAUGUAACCUUCAUUUAAACAUGUUAAAUGCUCAUGAAAAAUAACAUAAAUGUAGGUAGGUAUGUUAACAUUUUUUUAAACCUCACCUAGUCUAGAAGGUGAGGGUAUUUCUCAGGAAUAGACUUGAGCUUCAAAUUAGGUCAGCUAUUUCCACCCUCAAAUCCUAAAAUAAAAAUUAUGCACUUAGGUCUGCAAAUAGCUAUUUAAUAGGUUUAUGUUUCAAAAUAAGAAGGUUGGAUUUUGUUUUGAGAUGGGAUUUCACUGUGUAGUCCUGGUACUUGUUUUUUUGUAGACCAGGCUGCCUUUGAACUCCCAGAGAUGCCUGCCUCUGCCUCUGCCUCUCCGAGUGCUGGGAUUAUAGGUGUAUACUACCACACCUGGCCAAAAUAAGAGCUUUAAAAGAGAGACUCUGAUAGGGACUUAAUUGGGGCUUCUCCUAGCUCUAAUUGACUUGCUAUAUGGAAUUUAUUUGGAUAGUAGAUGUAAAAUCAGCAGAGAAUAAUGUCUAUGGUAAAUAUUUAGCUACUUGUGGUACAUGCUCAUAAUCCACCUCCUUAGGAAGCUGAGGCAGGAAGAUCAUAAAUGUGCCCAGUGUGGGCUGCAUGAUGAAACUUCAGCUCAAAAAAUUUUUUAAAUAUAUUUAAUAUCCUUAUAAGGCCACUUAAUUCCUUAAAAGUAUACCAAAACUAAUGCUUCAGUAGUGAACAUAGUUAAUUCUUAAUGUAUUAUAGCUAAGAGACUGAAAACUCAGGGCCCUUCCCUCAAUUGUUCACAUACUUAAUUUCCUGUCCUUACCUCAGAAAAUUGUUUUCUAAGGCGAAAUCCAUAGUAAAAAGAUUGGCAUGGAUUCCAUGUGUGUGGAUGUCAGAAGUCAUGGAUAUAGGCAGAUAUAUUAGCCAACUAUCUGAAACAUAAAACAAACUACCCUGGAAAUGCAGCAAUGGUUGAGUGCACGUCAUACCUAAAGUUCAUCACCCAAGACUUCUACCAGUGUUCUGGGCUCAUUUCCUUGUUCUGAUGAGCUCAGCUAUUGUGUUGAUUACUAUAGCUUUCAACAGCUCAAAAUUGUUGUCUGCAGCUCAGCCACUUGCAGCACUCUCAGUGUGAUGCUUGUUGGCCAGCUCAAUAUGUUUGUAGCUGGAUCCAGGGUUAAGGCAGACUCCUCGGAACCUUAUAAAAGCAGUUUUCCCAUGUACAGUCAGGGUCAAUGCUAAGUGUUAUCACCGACAGGUAUUUUUAUCAACAAAAAUGUAAGCUCUUUAUACAAAAAUCUUUACUGUUCUUAAGAAUGGAACUAAUUCUGGAACUUUAUAGACCAAGUCUGCUUUCCUAAUGACUGUGAAAAUUAAGACCCACUCUUUUAUACUACAGUAGCCUUUCCUGUGAUUCUAACCCUAAAAUAAAAAAAUAAAACCUA